AUGCAGCCAACAGCGAUCGCAUAUUUCUUGUCGCUCUGCGGCUUCCUCGGUGCGGCGACAGUAAAUGUGACAUUCGACAACUUGCUAGAACACUUGUCGACUGCGCUAAAUGAUAUAAAAAAUAAUGUCGACGCCAACCUCAACACGCGAAAUUAUUCUUUAAUAGAUAUUUACCAAUCCUUUUUCCAGUUGGAGCUGAUUAGAAAGGCAGGUUAUCCUGCAGAAGCUCAUGUUGUAUUGACGGAGGACGGUUAUUUUUUAACGAUGCAUCGUAUUCCAGGUGGUAAAAAUUCUCCACUCGUGUUUCUGCAACACUGCCUUUUGUGUAGCUCCGCAGGCUGGGUCGUAAUCGGCAAGAACAAAGCACUACCUUUCAAAUUGGCCGAUCAAGGAUAUGACGUUUGGUUGGGCAACUUCCGUGGUAACACGUACUCGAGAACGCACAUUUCUCUGUCACCGUCGGACUCGAAAUUCUGGGAUUUCAGCUUUGACGAAAUGGGCACAUAUGAUCUUCCCGCGAUGCUCAUAUAUAUCAUGAACCUGACGUCGAAACCAUUGUACACGUACAUCGGUCAUUCAAUGGGCGCGUCCACUUUUUACGUGAUGGCAAUAAAACGGCCGGAAGUCGCUAAGAUGGUCAGAGUGAUGAUCAGCCUCGCGCCUGCAGCCUUUGUAGGAAAUAUGACAAGCUCGUUGCGAUUGCUUGGUACUUUUAUAAGCCCCAUCGAGGCAAUCAUGCGUUUCUUAGCCGUAAAUGAAUUCUUGCCGAAGGACAGUCUGUUGCAGUAUCUGGCGAGAGUGGGAUGCAACGUCGAUCCCUUUACAAAACAGAUCUGCAGGAACAUAAUUCUCCAAGCCAUCGGCUUCGAUAAAGAACAGUUUAAUUAUACUUUAUUGCCCAUGAUCUUGGCUCACUUUCCAUCCGGUACUUCAGUCAAAACCGUAUUGCAUUACAUUCAGGCAAUAAACUCGGGCAAGUUCCGAGCAUACGAUUACGGUCGACAAAAAAAUAUGCAGAUCUACAAUGCGACGGUACCGCCCGAUUAUGAUUUAUCGCGUAUCACAGUGCCGAUCGCACUGAUUCAUGGCAAUAACGACUGGAUUGUUAAUGAAAAAGACGUGAAGAAACUUCGUUGCUUGCUGACCAAUAUAGUGGAUGACUACAGGGUGCCAUUUCCCAAAUUCAAUCAUGUCGACUACUUGUGGGCCAAAGACGCACCUACGCUGGUGUAUGAAAAAAUAUUAGAGACCAUGAAAAAGGAAGUAAAUUAG